AUGCCAGAACCUCGGCAACAGAAUCCUCUUUCUCACGGAAGAGGCAGUGGAGGUCGCAUACAAGAACUGAGGACUACCUCGAUUCCAUCCUCGGACUCCCAACAUGAAUGGUGCACAAGACCGUAUGUAAUCAUCAGAGUCAACAAUCUGCCCGUCGACAUCUCCGCAGAGUAUAUUUGGAGAUGGUUUGCAUCAGAAGGCAACAUUUUGUGGAUAGAUCUCUUUGACCCCAAGUCUGUCAAUGGAAGCAUGUCUGCAAAGAUUCGUUUUGAGCCUCCCCCCCGGCUCAAUAUCUGGGACCUAGGACCCGUCCGCGUCGACCAUCCGGAUACUCGACAGUAUCCAAAUGGGCUCCGGCUCAUGGUGUCUCUUGACGAGCGGCCACCGGUUAACACACUGAAAAGUCCUAGAUACCCAGACAAGAUCACACUCAAGCUGAACUCUCUUGGGUUUGGUAGUAUGUUGAGCCCGUCUUUGAUGCGAGUAAUGAAAACCGUCAAUUCACCAGGAGGCAUACCUCUAGAACUCAAUGUGAGAAGCAAUAUAAUGAGCGUAUUGUUCACCACCGUUUCUCACAUCAAUAAUCGGAAAAGUUCCAAGGAAUGUCAAGUGAGAUUUAAGAUCUCCAAUAUUAAAACAAUCCUGGAGUCUACUGCCGACAACGAGAACGAGCUACGACAUUGGGUCAUAUCUCUGCCCUACCCUCCAGAAUAUUUUGAGAAAGUAGACAAUAUUAUGGAUACGUUCCAAGGAAAUCCUCAAAAAUGGAGUCUGAGCGAUACUUGGCAACGGGCUACAGAUAUUUCUCCUGCUAGCAAUGAUGCGCAUCCAAUUUCUAUCCACAAUGAAGCACAGUUUGACGACUAUAUCGAUAUCGGGCGAUGGACGACGUUCCGCCUAUCUUUUGACCCCGAAAAGGCAGAAAAUUCGGCAUCAUAUUUGCAUCUCCAGGCCGCUUUCUACGACUUGAAUGUUUUGGUCCGUCCAGGCUGUGUCUUUGACACCAAGACCGACGCCCCUAGUUUGUGGGAUUAUCUUGAGCAUCCACUGGCCGUAACCGCCAGUCAGCCUUCUGCUCUGCUCAGUAUGCCUCAAAAGAUACACUUGCCUUUUGAGGUCCGCUACCAGCUCGAGGUGUGCAUAUCCCGGGGCGUUUUAAAUGAAUAUGCAAUCGGCAUUGAUUUCUUGCAAGAGCUCAACAACCUCCAAACCAUGGAUGCAACCCACCGCCUCGAAUACCUUGUGGACCAGAAUGAAAUACUAUUUGAUCCCAUGAAGCUUUUCAGUAUGGAAGAUGCUACAGCCUUUGUUCCUGCCGCAAGAAUUCCGCACUAUUGCACCUAUGUUCGCAAAGCGUCUAUAACACCGACUACCAUCCGCUUCAACUCUCCAACCGUGGAGACAUCCAACCGAGUCGUUCGGAAGUACAGCCACUUGCAGGAUCGAUUUCUACGCGUGCAAUUCGUCGAGGAGUCCGAGUUGGUUCGGCUUGGGAAGACCAAAUAUAAGAAUGACAAGAUCUGGAAACGCGUCGAGAGAGCUUUAUCUCAAGGUAUUCGCAUUGGGGAUCGACAAUACGAAUUCCUGGCAUUCGGGAGCUCGCAGUUAAGACAGAGCAGCGCAUACUUUUUCUGCCCCACUGGCCAUUUAUCCUGCGAAGAUAUUCGUGCAUGGAUGGGACAAUUUGACCACAUCAAGUGCGUUGCCAAAUACGCAGCACGUAUAGGCCAAUGCUUUUCAACGACGCGGGAUAUUAAAGGCAUAUGGGAGCCUGAUAUCAAGUACAUUGACGACAUACAGCGUGAUGACCAAUGCUUCACCGAUGGCGUGGGACUUAUAUCAAAGUUUCUCUCCCAGCUCAUAAUAGAAGAAAUGACUUUGGAUAUAUUUGAUAAACCGACAGCAUUUCAAUUCCGUAUGGGAGGCUGUAAAGGGGUUCUUGCAGUUUGGCCACAGGCCCAGGGUAUGGAAGUCCACAUCAGGAAUUCUCAAAAAAAGUUUGAAUCCGAUUUCCAGGGCUUGGAGAUUGUACGCUGCGCAGCUCGUUCGACUGCGACUCUAAAUCGUCAAACAAUCACAAUAUUGGAAAGUCUCGGGGUGCCGAAGAAAAUGUUCAUGGAGCUUUUAAAGGAACAAAUCAACUGGUAUGAGAAUGCAGCAAAAGAUACCUCGGAAGCCAUCAAGUUACUCACCAAGUUUGUGGAUGAAAACCAGUCUUCGCUGGUUCUUGCCGAACUUUUGAAGGCUGGGUUCAUGACAGACAACGUCCGGGAGCCAUUUACUCUCAAUAUUUUUCAUCUCUGGCUAUCCUGGUCAUUCCGCCUUUUAAAAGAAAAGACGAGAAUACAUGUGCCGAAGAGCGCUUUUGUCCUCGGAUGUGUGGACGAAAGUGGAAGCUUACGAGGUCAUUCUAUCGAGACUGAAAGCAGUUCCGAUCAGCUCGACGAACACAAACUUCCUCAGAUCUUCUUACAGCUCACGGACCCAAGUCAUGAGGGUAAAACCAACACUAUACAAGGGAAAUGCAUAGUGGGACGAAAUCCGUCGCUUCACCCAGGAGAUAUUCGAGUUGUUCAGGCCGUGAAUAACCCCAAGCUUCGACACUUGAAAGAUGUCAUCGUCUUCCCAUCAAAGGGAGAUCGGCCGGUUCCGGCCAUGCUAUCUGGGGGUGACCUUGAUGGCGAUGAUUUUUUUAUUAUUUGGGAUGACAGACUUAUUCCAAAGGAAUGGAAUCACAAGCCCAUGGACUACCAAGCCCCAAAUCCCCUACAACUAGACCGGGACGUCACUGUUGAUGAUUUACGCGAGUUCUUCGUCAACUACAUGAAGAAUGACAAUUUGGGUCUGAUUGCUGUCGCACAUUUAGCAUUUGCGGACAUGCAUGGACCAAAGUCACAAAUAUGCUUGAGGCUAGCAGAGUUGCACUCUCAAGCCGUAGACUAUGCGAAAACCGGGGAACCAGCAGAAUUUGGUCACAAGAUGCAACCAGAACGGUGGCCGCAUUUUAUGGAGAAAAAGUCGACAUAUCGGUCGAGGAAAGCCUUGGGGGCCUUAUAUGACGAAGUGGUGAAGCACACGUUCCAAUUUCGUCCCGAGUGGGAGCACCCAUUCGACAAGAGAAUCCUGGAGAGAUAUGAAUUCGACAUGAGCACUCUUACCGCAGCCAGAGAAAUCAAGGCGCAGUACGAUUCUGCCAUACGACGGCUGAUGGUUCAGUACCAUGUCGAAACCGAGUAUGAACUGUACACUGGCUGGGUCAUGUCAAAUACCAGCAUAUCGAGCAACUACAAGAGACAGGAAGACCUGGGUCUCGAAUUCGACGUUGUGAAGCAGCGGUUCAGAGAACAGUGCUGCAAUAUCGCCGGAGGCAGCGAAGCGCCUCAGCUGGACAAGUUUGUUGCUGCCAUGUAUAAAGUUACUGAGGAACAGGUCAACAAGGCACGCAAUGGUGGCGACGAUGAACCAGUCGGUCAUCAAGCCGAGACCGACUCAGGCGAAGAGCCAAGACCUAAUGUGCCUUUUAUUAGUUUCCCGUGGAUUUUUCACUGGGUCAUGAUUCGGCUUGCCAUGGGUGACAAGUACAAGCCAGGCGCAUCCGUUCUAGCCGCAGCUCGGCGGACUUGUCUGUUUAACCGCCAUUCACACCUGCAAAGUCAGUCUGAGACCAGCAGUGUUGCAGCGGCUGAGACGCCGUCUCAAGUUGACACAAAUAAAGACACGAAGCAGAGGGUUGUUUCUGAUGGGCAGAAAACUCAAGAGACUGUUGGUAGGCAGACCACUAAUAUGAAGGAAAAUAAUCCUGUCCAGUCGUCUGACGCCAUGACGACCGGUGACAAAGCUCUACAACAGGAUGAUGAAGACGAUGAUACGAAGGAGGACAUUUCGAACUACGCAAUGAGCGGUGAGUCGGGUGAGGCUGCAUUUUUGCGAUUAGCAGCCCUAGGGUGA